AGAUCUUCAGACCACAGAGCUAGCUAACUGUUGCAGAAGCCCGCAGCAUGUCAAGUGGGCAGGUAACAGUUCACUUAUCCACUAGUGGGGGGAAAAAAAUUGUUGAGUUGGGGGAAACAACGCAGGAUUUCCUGAGCACAUUCAACCUGCAUCAAGUGGAUUAUUUCUUGGAAGCAAUGGGAAAGGGAAAUAUGUAGGAGCCGUGCGUAAAAAUCCACAAGAUUCCUGUGAGGGGCUGAUCAGAGGGGAGGAUUGGGCCAAAGUGCGACUUGAGGAGCAGUUUAUUCAUGCAAAUUCAUAAAAUCAUAGGCGUGCCUUUGGGCGAUGGAGUCACAGCCGGAAAAACAAACCCCCCUCCUGGAUCGUCAGAGCGCUUCAGAGACUGCGAUGCGCAGCGUUAGGACGCAGUGACAGCGGCACCGGGGCGAAUGUUUUAAAAGCAGUGAGGAAAAAGAAGAGAAAGUUAGGUCUCGUUUGCUACACGCCUGUUGACUGGCUGCGCUUCUCCCUCGACACAACCACCAGCUCGACUGCUGCGCCACUGGGUCUCCAACCGCAGGCGCACUUUACAGCGCCAACUGUUACGCACCGCUGCAACUCUCAAUAUUUCCCUUUGGGGUUAUUCCUAUUUUUCUUCUUCUAUGUGUUUACGUCAAUUGGGACGACUUCAGAUCCUCAGAACCCUGAUGCGGAUGAAGUUGCAGUCACCUUACCAUAGAGGAUUUUUUUGCGUAAAGACGCCAUCACUGAUUUGAUUCUAUUUUGAGAAAACAAAUUUUCUUUUUUAUUUGAUUUGAUUGGAAUCGCUGAGACUUGCCCGCCCCCCCCCCCCUCCCCCCCCCCCCCCCUCCCCCCCUUUCACCAUGUCAGAGACGCCAGUAGCUCCCGCCACCAGCAACAUGUCUGACACCGAAGGCAGCAACGUUAGCGUCCUCCACUGGGAGCAAGUGCAGCGUCUGGACGCCAUCCUGACGGAGACCAUCCCGAUCCACGGCCGGGGGAACUUCCCCACUCUGGAGAUGCAGCCGCGGCAGAUCGUGAAAGUGGUGCGGAGUCGGAUGGAGGAGAAGCAGAUCCACGUCCGGGACGUUCGGUUAAACGGCUCUGCGGCCAGCCACAUCCUGCACGGGGAUAGCGGACUGGGCUAUAAGGAUCUAGACCUCAUAUUUUGCGCGGAUAUGAAAGGUGAAAGUGAUUUCCAGACUGUGAAGGACAUAGUUUUGGACUGUCUCCUGGAUUUUUUACCCGACUGUGUGAAUAAAGAGAAAAUAAGCCCGUUAACGUUAAAGGAAGCCUAUGUGCAGAAGAUGGUGAAGGUGUGUAAUGACUCAGACCGCUGGAGUCUCAUCUCCCUCUCCAACAACCGGGGAAAGAAUGUGGAGCUGAAGUUUGUGGACUCUCUCCGGCGGCAGUUUGAGUUCAGCGUGGACUCCUUUCAGAUCAAACUGGACUCCCUGCUGCUGUUCUACGAGUGCUCCGAGAACCCAAUGACCGAGACCUUCCACCCCACCAUCAUGGGCGAGAGUGUGUACGGGGACUUCAGCGAGGCCCUGGACCACCUACGUCACAAGUUCAUCUGCACCCGGAACCCGGAGGAGAUCCGAGGCGGGGGUCUGCUCAAGUACUGUCACCUGCUGGUGAGGGGUUUCCGCGCCGCCUCCGAGUCCGAGAUGAAGUCUCUGCAGCGCUACAUGUGCUCACGCUUCUUCAUCGACUUCUCGGACAUCGGCGAGCAGCAGCGGAAGCUGGAGUCCUAUCUUCAGAACCACUUUGUAGGCCUGGAGGACCGCAAGUACGACUACCUGAUGACCCUCCACGGAGUGGUCAACGAGAGCACGGUGUGCCUGAUGGGACACGAGAGGCGGCAGACCUUAGGCCUCAUAGCCAUGCUGGCGGUGCGCGUUCUCGCCGAGCAGAACGUCAUCCCCAACGUGGCUAACGUUACCUGUUACUACCAACCUGCUCCUUAUGUGGCAGAUGGCAACUUCAGUAACUACUACAUAGCGCAGGUUCAGCCGGUGUUUGCUUGCCAGCAGCACGCAUACUCCACCUGGCUGCCCUGUAACUGAGUCAGCCCUGAGGAAAGGUGGAGGGAGAGAGUCUGAGCUGUUCAAACAGGAAUGAGCAGCAUACUCGCCGCCUCGAACCUGCCCAGUGUUUUGACAGCAAAAAAAAGGAGUCUUCUUUUUAAUGUUUUGCAUCAAAGCUCGCGUUUUUGUUCAUAAAUUGAGUAUGAACGGUUGGCUUUCACCUCGAGUACUUACUUCAAUGUGAAUAUCUCACAUUUUCUGAUUUUUAAAAUGCCAACGUCAACUGAUCCUGCCCAACCAGCUUUGGAAGAGACUCAUUCUGGGUAGCUUGGCAAUCUGGGCUAACUGCAGAUGUGUGAUGGCCUUUGAAUGCGAGCAGCAGAUCUGUCAUGGAAGCCGUGCGAGACUGAUUGAAUCUGUCGAGAACUGAUUAGCCAGCACGUUCCAACGGCAAGCUGCAUCAGAGCCCUGACAGCUACUGCUACUACACACACACACACAC